UCUGUAUAUGCAUGUGUGUGGCUCACCACUGUGAACUUGAACGUUUACAAAAUGCUUGUUGGUGCGUUCAGGGUACUGCAUGGUCGCAGGUGAUUUCAGUUGUUAAACUUCCGAAGACGUUGUCUAAUUUGGAUCAGCAGCUGUCAUUUGAUGGCUAAUUCAGGCAUACUUCUUGGUAGCCGCUCUUCCUCAGCAUCUCAGAAGGUCCAGUUAAGGGCUAGGAUGACAGCCCUUUUUUGUCGUGAUACAUCAAAGGCAUAAUCUUUCCAAGAUGGCUUAUCAGACACCUCUUUAUCCUUGUUCUGCAUGUGUUCAUGUGCCUAAUAGACAUUUUGCUGCUGCUGCUAGGAAGUCUGAAAAGAAGACAAAAAAAGGUACAACCAAAGAAAAAGCAUCAAAUGAAAAAAAAGAAGAUGACAUAGAAAAAAUAAAGUCAAUCCCCUUUAUGGAAGGUGAACCUGAGGAUGAUGUUUACUUAAAACGCUUAUAUCCAAGACAGAUAUAUGAGGUGGAGAAAGCUAUUCAUUUACUUAAGAAAUUUCAAAUUCUGGACUUUACAAAUCCAAAGCAAGGUGUUUAUCUUGAUUUGACACUGGACAUGGCACUGGGGAAGAAGAAAAAAGUGGAGCCAUUUGCCAGUGUUGUUAGUUUGCCAUACCCAUUCGCUUCAGAAAUCAAUAAAGUUGCUGUAUUUACAGCGAAUGCAUCAGAGAUUAAAAUAGCAGAAGAACAUGGAGCUGCUUUUGCAGGAGGAACUAAUCUGAUUCAGAAGAUUUUGGAUGAUGAAAUUGAACCAGACUUUUAUGUAGCUGUUCCAGAAAUUAUGCCUGAGCUUAAUCCAUUAAAGAAGAAACUGAAAAAAAAAUUUCCAAAGCUUAAUCGAAAUUCCAUUGGCCGUGACAUCCCCAAAAUGCUUGAAUUAUUUAAAACUGGAAUUGAAAUUAAUGUAGAUGAAGAAAGGGAGAACUUUCUCUCGACCAAAAUAGCAACACUGGAUAUGUCAAGUGACCAGAUAACUGCCAAUCUGCAAGCUGUUAUCGAUGACGUUUGUAGGCACAGACCGCUGAAUUUGGGACCCUUUGUGGUACGAGCUUUCCUUCGUAGUUCGACAAGCGAAGGUUUGUUACUAAAGAUGGAGCCAUUUUUGCCUAAAGAAGUGGAAACCAAAGAAAGUAGCAGAGAAGCUGCCUGAAAGUGUUGUAUUGUGAAAUUACUCAUAGCGGAUGAAGAAGCAACAGAAAAAUCAUAAAACUGUAUAAUUUCUA